UUGCGUCCAACAAGUGGAGUGCCAACGGCAGCCCGGAGCAGGGGCUGGAGGAUGGGGGUGAUGAGCUGGACAAGGCCAUGGACGGAGACGCCGAGGGCGUGUGGAGCCCCGACAUCGAGCAGAGCUUUCAGGAGGCACUGGCUAUAUAUCCACCCUGUGGCCGUCGCAAGAUCAUCCUGUCGGACGAGGGCAAGAUGUACGGUCGCAAUGAGCUUAUUGCCAGAUACAUCAAGCUGAGAACAGGCAAAACCCGCACAAGAAAACAGGUUUCUAGCCAUUUGCAGGUUCUUGCCCGGAGAAAAUCUCGCGAGAUACAGUCAAAGCUGAAGGAUCAAGCGUCCAAAGACAAGGCUCUCCAGAACAUGGCAGCACUUUCCUCUGCUCAGAUCGUGUCCCCAAGUCUAAUCAAAACCUCUCUUCCGCCUCUUCCGCAGUCCCCCUACCACCCGUCUGCACGGUUCUGGCCGACCCCCAUCCCAGGCCAACCCGGACCCUCUGAGGAGCUGGUUCUUAAGCACAAUCCAGGAAGAAGUCCUGGGCUUGGCCGCAUCAGCUACGCCAUCAAGCCAUUUGCACAAACUCCUUACCCAAACCUAUCAGGACCUGUUCAACCACCCUUAUCAUAUGAGCCUCUGGCCCCUCCUCUCCCGCCGGUUGCCACCGCAGUGCCCGUAUGGCAGGAUCGCACCAUCGCCUCCUCCAAACUACGUCUUCUGGAGUACUCCGCGUUCAUGGAGGUCCCGCAGGACCAGGACUCUUACAGCAAACACCUGUUUGUUCACAUUGGCCAGACCCACCCCUCCUACAGCGACCCUCUGCUGGAGGCGGUGGACAUCCGACAGAUCUACGACAAGUUCCCCGAGAAGACGGGAGGACUCAAGGAGCUGUACGAGAAGGGCCCUCAAAACGCCUUCUUCCUCGUCAAAUUUUGGGCGGAUCUGAACAACAGCGGCGUUCAGGAUGGACCGGGCUCCUUCUACGGAGUCAGCAGUCAGUACAGCAGCUCAGAGAACAUGACCAUCACCGUCUCAACCAAAGUCUGCUCUUUCGGGAAGCAAGUGGUGGAAAAAGUGGAAACAGAGUACGCUCGUGUGGAGGGAGGCAAGUGUUUGUAUCGAAUCCAUCGCUCUCCCAUGUGCGAAUAUAUGAUCAACUUCAUCCACAAACUCAAGCUCCUGCCUGAGAAAUACAUGAUGAACAGCGUAUUAGAAAACUUCACCAUCUUACAGGUGGUGACCGACAGGGAAACCCAGGAGACUCUACUGUGUAUAGCGUUUGUAUUUGAAGUGUCUACGAGUGAACACGGGGCACAAUACCACGUCUAUAGACUCAUUAAAGACUAGCACCGCAGCCGCUAGCUGUUCUGACAGCAGACUUCUGUUGCUUUGCACCGUCUCUCCGUCACACGUAUGGAGGAAUAUGCCAAAUUGUCCAAACAUCGGAGGAAUACGCCUAAAUGUUACAACAAAAAAAACAAAUGUUUUGCUUUUGUUCUAAACCUGGUACAGAAUUUGAGUCUUUGAGGACAUAAAAAAUAUAGUAUUACUCUGU